AUGGCGCCGUCCGCCUCGCUUCGCUCCGCAUUCACGUAUGCGACAAACUUCGUCUCUCAAUUCCCUCUCGGCUUCCCCAGCUUGUCGAACCCCUUCUCGCUCUCCGGCCCGCAGGCCCCCAUCGCCGCCGACCGCCCCGUCACCCCGUACGACCCCUUCACCGGCUCGCCGUCCUGCCCUCUCGACGGCCCCGCGAGUUGUCAUAACACUACACAGGCCGAUUCGUGCUGCUUCGUCUAUCCCGGCGGGCGCCUGCUGCUCACGCAGUUCUGGGAUGAUAAGAUCCACGUUGGCGGGAGCGAAGACGACUGGACACUUCACGGGCUAUGGCCGGACCUCUGCGACGGGUCCUACGACCAGUACUGCGGCAUGACGCCGCGCGUCGACAACAUCACCGGAGUGCUGGAACAGUACGGCCAGCAAGAACUGGUCGCUGACAUGAACCGAUACUGGGUCGCUAAUUACGGCACAAACGAGCACUUGUGGGCGCACGAAUACAACAAGCACGCCAGCUGCAUCAACACGCUGGCGCCGAGCUGCUACGGGGAGGGCUACGCGCAGGGCGUCGAGGUGGUGGACUACUUCAGCCGCGCGUUCGGGCUGUUCAAGAUGCUGGACACGUACCGGGCGCUGCAGAACGCCGGGAUCGAGCCCAGCUACCAGCAGACGUACCCGCUCGCCAAGAUGCAGGCCGCGCUCGAGAAGUUCAGCGGCGGCCGCGUCGUCCUCCGCUGCUCCGGCCGCCACCGCAACGUCCUCCACGAGGCCUGGUACGUCUACUUCGUCAAGGGCAGCCUCCAGAGCGGCCUCUUCGUCCCCGCCCAGGACUCCUUCAAGGGCGACAGCAGCAACUGCGCCGCCCAGGUGAGGUACCUGCCCAAACGCAGACGGUAA